UGUUUUCUCGGAGAACAAGGCAGACAUUCGUCAUUGGAGUGGCUUUCAUCUUCUGCACCAAGAUCUACAUGAUUCCAUCCAAAAACAAUGAGAAGACUUCGCCCAGCUACGACAAUCUUUUCGUGCAAAUGUGCAAUGACUCUUUGCCGCACCUCGGCUACAAAUUGGACAAAACCAAACCGGUGCUCUACAUUGUUACACCCACAUUUGCACGGAGAGAGCAGGUGGCUGAAUUGACCAGAUUGGCUCAAACCUUGCUUCAUGUGAGAAACAUGAUUUGGUUUGUGAUUGAAGAUGCAACCAAAUGUUCGCCCAUGGUUGGCGAUCUCUUGGAUCGAUUUCAGAUCCCUUACGUUCAGAUGCUAGCUCCUCUGCCCGAGAUUUUUAGUGGACAAAGUCAAAAGCCUCGUGGCGUUUCUCAACGCAAUGCAGCCAUCCAAUUCAUCUUGAGUCAAUCCAAUCCUCCCGAGGGUGUUCUCUACUUUGCGGACGAUGACAAUACUUAUGAUUUGAGGCUCUUUGAAGACAUUCGCACCACCAAGAAGAUUUCCAUGUUUCCCGUAGGGCUUGUGGCGGGUAGCUCUCACAGCAGUCCAAUACUAAAAGAUGGGCGCUUGGUUGGAUAUUCGGAUCCAUGGUUUGGCAAAAGGAAAUUUCCCAUGGACAUGGCCGGAUUUGCGAUCAAUAUCCGGAUGUUGACUUACAAUCCGGAUCGGGUGGCAAUGCCGUUCAUGCCCGGUUAUGAAGAGGAUGGAUUCCUCAAAGGUCUCAAUUUCAAUUGGGAGGACGUGGAGGCCUUGGCGGAAAAUUGCACCAAAGUUUGGGUGUGGCAUACAACCACAAUUGAAAAAUCGGCUCCGACGUUUCGAUUUGAACAAUCAGACACAAAUCUGCAAAGCUUAUUCCAGGAACUCAAGCACACAGGAUUGAUAAAACAAUCCGACGAUGGACCUCAUCUGCCGCAAUGUGGAAUAGAUAAGUAUUGUUAGCAUUGUUAAGGAUCCCUUUCUCACAAGGUCUCAAAAUGUGUUCGAUAAUUUGUGAAUAAUUACAAUCACUUUUGCAAACGGCUUAACGUUUAAUCCCUUGACCAAAUAAACAUAUUUCGUCAACUU